AUGAAAGUCAAAGUAAUCAGCAGAAAUCCUGAUGAAUACUUGCGACCAACAAAAUUGGAUAUACAUAGAGUUCCCAGAAACUAUGAUCCUGCACUACAUCCAUUUGAGGCUCCCAGAGAAUAUGUUCGAGCUCUAAAUGCAGUUAAAUUAGAAAGGGUAUUUGCUAAGCCUUUCGUAGGCAAUCUUAGUGGUCACAGAGAUGGUGUAUCCUGUUUCGCUAAACAUCCAGCAAGUUUAUCAAAUUUAACCAGUGGUGCCUAUGACGGAGAAGUUAGAGUUUGGGAUUUGCCACAAAGAAAAUGUAUAAGAAGCUUCGUUGCACAUGAAGGAAUAGUAAGAGGUCUAGCAUAUAAACCAGAUGGCCAACACUUUAUAACUGUUGGUGAUGACAAAACAAUCAAAACCUGGAAUACCAGCCCUCCUGAAUUUGGAGAAGAAGAAGAACCCGUCAAUACAAUUUUAAGUCGAACAAUACUAACAGGAGUAACCCAUCACCGUAAAAAACCUAUAAUAGCCACUUGUGGUGAAGUCUGUCAAUUAUGGGAACAUGAUCGAAAUGAACCCAUAAGGUCUAUGAAAUGGGGAGUAGAUAGUAUACAUAAUGUAGCCUUUAACCAAGUUGAGACAAACUUAUUAGCAGCUUGUGCCAGUGAUAGAAGCAUUAUAUUGUAUGAUACCAGGGAAGCUAAACCUUUGAGAAAGGUUGUUAUGACUCUGAGAUCUAAUAGACUGGCAUGGAAUCCUAUGGAGGCCUUCACAUUCACCUUAGCAAAUGAAGAUUAUAAUUUAUACACAUUUGACACAAGAAAGUUAAGACAACCAGUAAUGGUCCACAUGGAUCAUGUUUCGGCUGUAGUAGAUGUAGAUUAUUCACCAACAGGAAAAGAAUUUGUUUCUGGAAGUUAUGAUAAAACUAUCAGAAUUUUUGACAGUCACAUGGGACAUUCAAGAGAGGUAUAUCACACUAAACGUAUGCAGCGUUUGACUUGUGUGCUAUGGUCCCUUGAUGAUAAAUAUGUUUUGAGUGGAUCUGAUGAAAUGAAUAUCCGUAUGUGGAAGGCUAGGGCAGCAGAAAAACUUGGAGUGAUGAAACCGAGGGAACGAAAUGCAAUACAAGUUGCAACAGCUUUGAAAGAGAAAUUUGCUGGCCAUCCACAAAUCAAGAGAAUUGCAAGGCACAGACAAGUUCCACAACAUGUAUACAAUGCCCAAAAGGAACUUAGAACAGUUAAAGAGAAAUCUAAACGUAAGGAACAAAAUCGUAGAAUGCAUUCGAAACCUGGUCAAGUACCUUAUGUUCCUGAAAGACAGAAACAUGUUCUUAGAGAAGACGAAUAAGUUUGUAAUGGGUUAUUAUUUUUAAGUUUUAUUUA